UUUGUUCGUUAACAUUGCAUCGUCAAGCUGUCAAUAUCUUGAGAAAGAAGACAAUCUCUUUCUUUUUCUUCUCUUCUGCCAUUUCUUUCUUUAAUAAGAAAAAAAUCCCAGGAAACAAAUUGUCUUUACCAUCCAAAGCGGCUAUGGAGGUGGAGGAGCAAGAGGGGAGAAAGUCAAGAAAGAUGACAAGAAGCAACAAAAAUGAAAGGAUUUCUUCUUGUUCUUCUUCUUUUGCUCCUAUUAAUAGUCUUGAUGAUGGUUGCCUCAUGCAUAUAUUCAGCUUCUUAUCUCCCAUUCCAGAUCGGUAUAACACCGCCCUCGUUUGCCACAGAUGGCAUUAUUUGGCAUGUCACCCUCAAUUGUGGCUGCGAGUUGACAGAUCUUUGAAGGAUUUAUCCGAACCUGGUGUUUUCCCUAACAUUGAAGAAGCUGUAUCUGCAGCCAGACCUGGCGACACUAUUUUAAUUGCAGCUGGCGGCAGUCAUCUUGCCUCUAAUAUUCAGAUUAGAAAACCACUAUGCCUGAUUGGUGGAGGUGAGCUUCCUGAUGAGACAACUCUCCUCUGUUUGCGAGGUUCAGACAGUGCAUUGGAGUUUCUUUCCACCUGCAAGCUGACAAACUUAACAGUAAAGGCGGAACUAGGAUGCUGCUUGCUUCAUAGGAGCGGAAGGCUAAUUAUAGAUGAAUGCAUACUUCAGUGUGAAUCAAACCCAUUGGACUAUCUAUCAUGCCCUAUUGUGAGUACAGCUGGUAGUGAGGUAUUCCCUUCCAAUUUGAAGAGCCAUCGUAGUGAUUGCGUUUCUGUUUCUCACACUCGAAUUGAAGGAGGCGCGAAGGCUGUUUUGACCAGUGGAGACCUAGCACUGCAGCGAGUUCGGGUCAUUUAUGCUCGAACUUCUCUCUAUUUCUGGUUUGAUGUUGAUUGUAAAUAAUUGGAUUUUAUUAUCAUCAUCCUUUGUCAAGUCUGUCACAUUUUUCCAAUUAGGGCUUCAAUUUAGCCCUGAAUGUUGGUACUUGUUCAAUAUCUGUAGAAUUAAAUCUAAUUUAAGUUCAUGGUCAUUCUGCAACAUGUUGUUGCCAAGGUCAUUCUAUGUAGGCUGUUUUAAUAUGUUUGGUCCAUUGAGUACUCCAGCUAAGUAAACUUAUGUAGCAUUCAAACAUUAUAUAUUUGGAAUGGAACAUUUAUGGCUUCCCCAUGAAGAGGUUCCAGCAGCCUUAUUUAGUAA